AUCCACAGAAAAUCACAUUCUUCUCUCUUCUUUUUCUGCUCUACUGGAAUUGUAAUUCUCUCUCUCUCUCUCUCUCCCUCUCCAUGGAAAACUGUUCCACUGUCUUUCCGUAUUCAUCUUCAACAUCCUCGGCUUCUCAUUUGUCGUUGAAUAUGGUAAACUCCCAUUCUUAUAAUGAAUUUCAAGGUAAUAAAUCUGACGGGUUCUUGGCGUUGAUGACAAACUUGGGUGCCCCCCAAAGUUCAGAUGCUAAUGAUGUUUCUCAGAGCAGAAGUUUGGUCGGAGCUGAAAGUCAUGAAGUCAAAUCAGGUAAGAAAAAGGGAGAGAAGAAGAUUAGAAAGCCUAGAUAUGCUUUUCAGACAAGGAGCCAAGUCGAUAUACUUGAUGAUGGGUAUAGAUGGAGGAAAUAUGGGCAAAAGGCCGUGAAAAACAACAAAUUUCCAAGAAGCUACUACCGGUGCACUCAUCAGGGUUGCAACGUUAAGAAGCAAGUCCAAAGGCUGUCAAAAGACGAGGGAAUCGUUGUUACAACUUAUGAAGGGAUGCAUUCACAUCCAAUUGAGAAGUCUACCGAUAACUUUGAGCACAUCUUGAGUCAGAUGCAAAUUUACACUGCCUGUUAGAGCCCUUAAGCUGCUAGGCAUUAAUCGAUAUAUUUUGUACAAUAUAUAUAAAUUAUGCUUGAAUAAGAUGUGUUCUAAUAGAUGUGAUAGGGACAUAUGUAGGAGUACUAACAGUGGUUUAUUACUUUAUUUGGUAGUACAUUUCUUCAUUUUAUGUUAGAUUAUGCAAUUUGAAGUUCGUGUCAUGAUCCUCUA